AUGAUGAAGCCGCAGCACGGCGCGGCCGGCGGCGGCGGGCACGGGCGGCGGACGCCGUUCCUGACCUCGUACGCGCUCACGCUCGCCUUCAUCACCUUCGUCUCCCUGCUCUACUUCAAGGACUUCACCUCCACGCUCCACCAGCCCUUCCUCCACCACCCGCCGCCCCGCCACCGCCCCAGGCCCCACCACCCCAGGCCCCAUCCCCAUGUCCCCGUGGGCGGCAAGGUCGGACCGGUGGUGGCUGAGAAGAAGGCCGCCGCCGCCGCCGCGGAGGAUGAGGAGAAGGUGCCGGGCUCCCGCUCGGCGGCGGCGGCGGUGCUGUCGCUGCCGUUUGCGGUGGGGCGUGCGGCGGCGGGCUGCGACGUGGCCCGCGGCGAGUGGGUGUACGACGAGGCGGCGCGGCCGCUGUACCAGGAGGAGGAGUGCCCCUACAUCCAGCCGCAGCUGACCUGCAAUGCGCACGGCCGCCCCGACACCGCCUACCGCCACUGGCGGUGGCAGCCCCGCGGCUGCUCGCUCCCAAGCUUCAAUGCGACUCUGAUGCUGGAGAUGCUGCGGGGCAAGCGCAUGCUGUUUGUUGGCGAUUCGCUCAACCGCGGGCAGUACGUGUCGUUGGUCUGCCUCCUGCACCGGGCCAUUCCUGAGAGUGCCAAGUCCAUGGAAACAUUUGACUCGCUCACAGUUUUCAGAGCAAAGGACUACAAUGCCACGAUUGAGUUCUAUUGGGCCCCCUUUCUAGCUGAAUCAAAUUCCGACGAUGCUGUUGUUCACCGUGUCACGGAUAGAAUAGUAAGGGGCACAGCCAUUGAAAAGCACGCCAAGUUUUGGAAAGGAGCUGACGUUGUGGUAUUCAAUACCUACCUGUGGUGGAUGACCGGACAAAAGAUGAAAAUUCUGCAAAAUUCCUUUGAAGAUAAGAACAAGGACAUCAAAGAAAUGGAAACAGAGGAUGCAUAUGGGAUGGUCCUGAAUGCCGUGGCGAAAUGGGUCGAGAACAACAUGGACCCAAAAAGUUCAAGGGCGUUUUUUGUCACUAUGUCACCUACUCAUACCCAGAGCAAAGAUUGGGGCGACAAGUCUGAUGGAAACUGCUACAACCAAACUACCCCAAUCAAAGAUUUGUCUUACUGGGGACCAGGCACUAGCAAGGGCCUGAUGCGGGUUAUCGGCGAAGUGUUCAGUGCUUCUAAGGUCCCCGUUGGGGUCGUCAACAUCACCCAGCUCUCCGAGUACCGCAAAGACGCGCACACCCAGAUAUACAAGAAGCAGUGGAACCCGCUGACCCCGGAGCAGAUCGCCAACCCAAAGAGCUACGCCGACUGCACCCAUUGGUGCCUCCCGGGACUCCAGGACACCUGGAACGAGCUGCUCUACGCGAAGCUCUUCUUCCCUUGA